GAUAGAUAUAUAAGUUUAUUUAUAUAUUCACAUAAAUUUGCAUUACGCAAUAUACAGUUAGAAAAAAAACAAACUUUAAAUGUAACGGCAAUAUGAAGUGCUGUAAACGUGUAAUGGGAUUGAAAAAAACAACAACACAGUGUAAAAGAGAACUAGAAGAGGGUGAUGUGAAAAAAAUCAAAGAAAACGUCACCAGGAUAUCUUACCAAAAAAAAGAGAGAAAGAUAUAAAAAGACCAAUAUAGAAAGAAGAGUAUAAAGAAUAGAGAAAUCAAUAAUAAGUACAAAACACGUACACUUACAUAGUUGUAUAGAUAUUGUUAUUGAUAAAAUUCAUGCCAAUUUCAUUCUGAUAAAAACAAACAAGAGAAAUAGAGAUUGUAAGUAAUAUUGUUGUACUGUAUACAAAUAUAUUUUAUUCAAUCACUGGCAUAAUGUUGUAAUGAAUUUCGAGAGAGACAUUGAGAGAGAAAGAGGGGGAGGGGGAAAAGAACCUAUGAACACCAACAACAAUUGAAAAUAUCAAUCAACUGUAAAUAAACACUAAGUUCUCCAUUUAAAACAAACAAACAAACAAACAAACAAAUAGGGAUAUUGAACACCUAAAUGAUUGUCAGGCACUUUGAAUUAAAAAUUCAAUAAACAUUAUUCAUGCCAAAAGUAUUUGUGAUCAUUAUCAUUAUUAUUGAAUGAGGUAAGAAAAUUUUAUUUCUUGUCUUAGUUUCAUAUUGAUAUAAAUAGUUUAUUUAGUCUUUAAUUUUAAAGAAAGACUAUUUAUUUUAAAAUAAUUAAUGUGCGCGCCAUUGUUCAAUGUAGAUAAUAAAAUAAAAUUAAAAGAUAAAUUCAUAUUGUAGAAAUAGCAUAGAAUAGAAACCGAGAGAGAGAGAGAGAGGGUGGUAGUAGUAGUAGUAGUAGUAGCAGUAGUAAGGAUUAAUGUGUAUGUGACCAAAACAUGAACAUGGAUAGUUCGAGAGAAAAAACAAAACAAAACCGGAUAGUAAUGUGAAUAGUUUAAAAGUGAAAUUCCUAUUGAAUUAAAACAAAACAAUCAUCAGAUUAUUGUUAUGAUUCAAUGUCUCACAUAAAGUAGAAUUAUUAGUAGUAUGUUAUCAUUUUUGAUAAUUUUUAAAAAAAAAUUGACAAAACAAAACAAAGGGAUUUGAUUAUUCAUUAAAACAAGAGAAUAAUAAUAAUAAUAAUAAAUCAAGGUAGUAAGUAGUAUAAAUUGUAUUGUUUUUAUAGAAUAUUAGACUAGAGAAAUAAACAAACAUAAAAAACAAAACAGUUGGUCAAUGAGAUGAGGUUGUUCUUUAAACAACCACUACAGCAACAACAUUGUCUCUAAUUUGUCCAUUUCACUGGUAAUAAUAAUAAUAAUAAUAACUAUAAAAAACAAUAAUCAAUAGAUUUAAGCAAUUGUCCUACUCUUUACUUGUUAUUAAUCAAAUGAAUAAAGUGUUCAUUUACGAGAUAGUAACUAAUUGUUAAUUUGUUUGUUUGUAUAUGUAUGUGUUCUUUGUAAUGAUGAUAAUAAUAGCGAUACAUAGCGACUGAGCGAGCGAGCGAGCGACAGAUAAAGAGACCGAGGGAUAUUAAUGAAUUCGGAAUUGAAGUUAUACACAAUUAGAAAAUUUGGAUUUUUUUUUCCUCUUCUUCUUUUAACUGUAACAUUGAACAAACAAAAAAAGCAGAAGAAUAGAGAACACAAAAAGAAACAUUUACAACUUUACAAUAAAUUAAUAAUAAUCAUAUUGUCAUUAUUAGUGGCAUUUCAGUGAUUAUAUUCAUUCAUUAAUGAAAUAAAUAUGGAGGUUUAAAGUAGUAGUAGUAAUAAUAAUAGUAGUAUGUGAAUAACAAGCAAAAAUAAAUUUCUUUCUUUGCAUAAUCCAAUAAUUAUAAAAAGAAAUUCAAUGAAUUAUGGAAUCAUUAAUAGUACUGGUAUACAGAAGGGAGAACAGUGUGAAAAAGAACAUGAUAAUAAUGAUGAUAAUGUGUAUAAUAUUCAUAGUUUGACAUUGAACAAUGUUCUUCAUCAUAAUUCCAUAAUAAGUGUCGGAAAAAAUAUGAAGAGUGAAGAAUCAGUUGUGAUAAUGUUGCUAAAAGAGAUCAAUUGAAUAUUGAAACUAGAAACCUAUAAGAAAUUCAAGGAAUUCACAUUGACUAGAUGAUGACUAUGUAAACAAACAAAUAAACAUUGUACAUACGAGAAUAGAAAGACGAGAAAAAGAAAAGAGGGAAGAUGAUUGAAUUUUACAGUGUUUCAACUAGCAACAACAACAACAACAACAAAUUCCUACUAAAUAUAUAUUUCUAGUUUAACUUCCUGUGCAGAGAAAAAAAAUGCUCAUCUUGUGUAUAGAUAUCUUAUUUGGUGUAAGAAGAAGGUGAUGACUAUUUCAAAAAAGAGUUGACUAUACAGUAACAUACAUACACCUGAGUACAGAAAAGAGAUAAGAUAUGAAUACGAUGAUGUAACAGAUAAUAAAAGACUAAUAGAUAAUAAACAGAGGGUUUAGAAAAUGAUGAAUGUGGCACAUGCUUACACAUGCAAGCUCACCUAUCAAAAGAGACAUAUUAAAUCAAUAAGCUUAAGAGGAAGAGAAGUCGAGAAUACACCGAAUGAAUAAACACAUUAAACAGUUUGGUAAUGCAUAUGGCAAUAUGUAUCACACAUAAGUACAUUAAGUAAUGGACGAAAUGAGACAAAAUAAACACAACCGUUUGAGCACCACACUAACUCCACAUAAUUGUUGCAUACGAUGCACAUUCAAAGCUAAAUUAACACUAGUGAAACAAAACAUUACAUUACAUUACAAUAGUAAUCGUGACUGACUGUUACGUUUCGCAUUUGCGCUAU